AUGGCAAAGCCUUUGCCUCCCGCCUACUUGCGCACCAAAUUUGAAGCUGUCCAGUUACGUGCCCGCUUUGAUCAGAACAAAAAUGUAACUGACCCAGUCAAGGCAAAAAAGCUCGUGGAAGACGGAUGGGCUGAACUUCAGAAAAAUAAAGCUGCUUUCCCAUUCCUGUACCCAACAUCUCCCGGUGGUGUUGCCUAUGAACGACAUGAUUACCACUCCCCUGAUUAUUUAUUGGACCUUUGGCAUCCCGUGGAAAAGCUGCAAUACCCGGAUUACUUUGCUCUGCGCGAGAAAAGAAAAGCCGAAUUUAUCGAGCGAUGGAAAGCACGUUACGGGGAGCCAGAACCAGACAGUGGACACUAA